AUGUUGUCGAGAGACCCCGAAGCGACUGAAUUUGUUCUCCACGAAGCCAGGGAGAAUGAUGUUAAGUUCAUACGUCUCUGGUUUGCGGAUAUUCUUGGCAACCUGAAGGGGUUUGCCAUCACCGUUGAGGAGCUCGAGCAUUCGCUGACGCGCGGGAUGGGCUUUGACGGCUCUUCGAUCGAGGGCUUUGUGCGCUCGGACGAGCGCGACAUGUACGCACUUCCCGACCCCAAUACGUUCAACUUGCUGCCGUGGCGUCCGCGCGAGAACGCGGUGGCGCGGAUGUUCUGUGACAUUCUUACUCCGGACGACGAGUCGCAUGAAAGCGACCCAAGAGCCGUAUUAAGGCGUAACCUAUCCAACGCUUCCAAGCUCGGAUACACCUAUUAUGUGGGUCCUGAGAUAGAGUAUUUCUACUUCAAGGACUCGAAAGGCACCAGCACUGACGGUCGAGGAAGUUACUUCGGGCAGGACGCGACGGAUCUGGCAACCGACCUGCGCCGCCAAACUGUGCUCACGCUUGAAGAACUGGGCAUACCCGUGGAAUCGAGUCAUCAGGAGGCUGCGCCGAGCCAGCAUGAGAUUGACCUACGGCAUACGGACGCCCUCACGAUGGCGGACACGGUGAUGACCUACCGACUGGUUGUGAAAGAGAUCGCGAGGCAGAACGGCUACUACGCCACCUUCAUGCCGAAGCCGAUUAAUGGCGUCAACGGCAGCGGUAUGCACAUGCACCAGUCGCUGUAUCAGGGCGACCGAAAUGCCUUCUACGACGAUGAUGACCCACAGCAUCUAUCCGAUACGGCGAAGUUCUUCAUUGCAGGGCUGUUGAAGCAUGCGCGGGAGAUCACCGCGGUGACGAACCAGUGGGUGAACUCGUACAAGCGCCUUGUGCCGCAGUUUGAGGCGCCGACUUAUGUAACGUGGUCAACGGUGAAUCGCGCCGACCUGAUUCGCGUACCGGACUUCAAGCCGGGCCGAGAGGAGUCGCGUCGCAUUGAGUUUCGCUCGCCGGACCCUGCGUGCAACCCGUACCUGGCGUUCAGCGUGAUGCUUGCGGCGGGACUGAAGGGCAUAGAGAACCGGUAUGAGUUCCCGCCUGCGGCGCAGUCGAAUGCCUUGUACAUGAGCCAAGCGGAGCGUGACGAACUUGGAAUCGAGGCGCUGCCCGCAAACUUGUGGGAAGCGAUUCAGAUUUCGGAGCGAAGUGAGCUUGUUCAUGAUUCGCUGGGAGAGCCGGUGUUCAAGAGCUUCAUCGAAAACAAGAAGAUUGAGUGGGAGAACUAUCACAGUCGCGUGGCAGACUAUGAGACUGAGCAUUAUCUGCCGGUGCUGUAG